AUGGCGUCGAAGUCGAUCUCGCUCGCAAAGUUUAUCAAGUCGUCCCCGACUCUGCUUAAACUCGUACAGCCGGUUGCCAAUGCGUACGCACACGCUGCUGGCUACCGUCAAAUGGGUCUCCGCUACGAUGACCUGAUUGUGGAAGAAAACCACCAGAUGCAGAAGGCUCUCUCUCGCGUGCCUCCUCUGGAACAAUAUGACCGCGUCUACCGCAUGCGACGGGCUGUUCAGUGCUCGAUUCUGCAGCACGAUCUUCCCAAGGAUCAGUGGACCAAGCCAGAAGAUGACGUUCGCUAUGUGACGCCGCUCCUUGAGGAAGUUCAGGCUGCUGAUGAUGAGCGCCUUGCAUUUGAUACGAUGAAGGUUCAGGCAAUCAAGCACUAG